CUGUAAAAUGAAACGGAAUUUGACAAAUGUAUCAUGCUGAGGAUUUGUAUCCUAUGUCUAAUUUACAUUCCUAAGAAAGGCCUUCUUAAUUAGCUUCAGAAAUAAACGAGGGACAAAAUGUCGCUACCCACUGAAUGGUAAACUGGUAUCUUAUUAUAAGUUCUGUUAUGGAAAUGUUCUGAAGAGCACCUGGAUUAGUUACUUAACUACCAGAUAAAAAGCAGUGUAUAUCUGCAAAGCAGUUAGAACUAAGACCACUUUUGUACAGCUUUAGCAGUUGGAGAAAUGGAGGAACUUCUGGCCCACUCUUUUGAAUUUCCUCUGGCAGUUUCCUCUGGCAGCUGAGACCAACCAUCCAAAAUGAAUAUGCCAUCCCUAAUCAGUGAUCUAAGAGAAUCACCCUCCUCUCCAAACUAUUCCAUCAUAUUCGACUUCGAGCGAAAUUUUGACAAGAGUCUAAAAAGAGAAUGGAUGAUCCAGCACUGGCAUCAAGCAUUUUAUUACAUAGGGCUUUAUAUGUUGGUUAUUUUUGGAGGUCAGGCUUAUAUGCAGUCCAGGCCUCGUUUUGAGCUAAGAAGAACCUUAGCAGCUUGGAAUGUCUUCCUGGCUGCAUUUUCUAUCUUUGGACUAUGUAGGACACUUCCUGAGUUGGCACAUGUUCUCAAAGAAUUUGGUUUUACGCAUUCCGUUUGUAACCCAAGCUUUAUAGAAGAAGUCAAAGUGAGUGGCUUUUGGACAUGGAUGUUUACACUUUCAAAAGUUCCUGAGCUUGGAGAUACCAUUUUCAUCGUGCUUCGCAAGCAGCAGCUCAUAUUUCUUCACUGGUAUCAUCACAUCACAGUCUUACUUUUCACCUGGUAUAGUUACACAGAGCAUAUUGCCCCAGCCAGAUGGUUCGUCGUAAUGAAUUAUUUUGCUCAUUCAUUGAUGUAUACCUAUUAUGCCAUGAGGGCUAUGCGGAUCAAGAUGCCUCGUUUUGUGGCUAUCAUAAUUACUACUUCUCAGAUCCUCCAGAUGGUCGCUGGUUGUUUUGUCAGUUAUUUUGGUUACCUAACUAGGCGAAAUGGAGAAUUUUGCCAGCUUCCAGAUAACAUUGCCAAUUAUGCCCUGCUCAUGUAUUUUUCAUAUUUUGUACUGUUUGCUCGCUUCUUCUAUAAUACUUACAUCACUCCUCCUAGCAAAUCAAAGAAGCUAGAUUAAUGUUACAUCAUGUUAAAUUAUAAAAUAUGUUGCUUAGAGACAAAUGUCAGUUUCAUCAUGAAAUUAUUGUUGGUUGAUAAAGUCAUGGUUGUUAGCAUGUGCAUAAAAUGGCCAUUUGGGUUAGGAUUUGGUGCUUUUUAUUUGGGUAGAGAAUCUAUGCAACUGGCUUACUUGGCAAAUUGGUUUGUGAGCAAAAAUAAUGCAACUCUUUAUGCUUAGAUAAAAGGCCAGUUUUCUUAUCCCAUUGUACACCUUAACUUGGUUUCUCUCAACAUUGGAUAUUAUUUUUGAGGCAAGCUAGCAUUAAUGAGAAUAUUCCAUUUUUUAAUUAUUCUGAGACUGCAAAUGCACUGCUAGCUUCAGUAUUGAGUCAUCAUAGCCCAAUAUAAUUUCAUGAUAGAAUUGAUUGCUGCGAGUAACUCAAGAAUGAAAAAAAUAUUCUGUAAAAUACUUGCAUUGACAAAGCACUUGUAAUUGCUGCUGUAAGAGAUUUCCAAAUAUGUUCUUGUGUGAAGCAGUCAUGCAGUUUUUUAAUUCUCCCUUCAACAAAUAGACGCAUGUUUCAAUGAAGUAUAAUUGUAUAAUUUUGUAAUGUGUAUCAUGUUGCAGAUGCAUUUAAUUGUGUAUUUUUUUUCCAUAUGUGUAUUUUUUUCCAUAUUUUUUCUUGUAUUUGCAAUCUUACUUAUAGCAGAUAAAAAUUAAAGCAUGUACUUUGAAAUGUGUGAGUGGUAUACAUUUUAACUAUUCUUGAAGCCAAGUAAUAUAAUAUCUGAAGUUUGAUUUUUCAUUCUGUGUGUGUAUAUUUGUUAUUUUCUGAAGAUACCUAUUUUGUUGAUUAUUUUAAAUAUUAUUUUGGUGUUUACCAUUGAAAACAUUUUUUAAAUAAUGACUUUUUUGUUUUGCUAAGUAUUGUGAAAUAUGUAUUUUUAUAGAAAAACUGUUUCACUGAAUUAAAUUACAGUUGACAGAUGAAAAUAUUUUCAUACGAAAAUGUAAUCCAAAUUGUUCUGUUUUACUUCCGGUGGUAUUUGUAAUAUGUGUGGCACCUCUUUUGAAUAGUAUAUAAAUAAGAAAUUGUGGUGUGUAAACUUUUAAACAAAGCAAUAUGUAUUGGCUACUUAGCUUUAUUACAUGUGUUGCAAGAACAAAUAUGUGAAUAAAAUUUCUCGUUUACUUUGUACAGAUAAGUACUUAUGUUAUAUGAUCAUUUCAUUUUGAAUAUUGGAGGAAUGUGCAAUAUAACUUCAGUAUAGGAUCAAGUAAAUUUUUUCAUAUAGCAAGAAAUUUUAGAUGCUGGAAAAUUUAAGUUGUUUCAAAAUGUAUGAAAGCUUUAUUGGUAAAUAUAUCACUUAGAAGAUGUGAAUUGUAAAACUGCAUUCUUCUUCUCUGAAAUUCUAAAAAUUAAUUAGUAAUUUUUAAAAUUCUAAUGCUUCCAACUAUUGCUGUAAAGUAAAACUUUCGUUGUACAGAAAGUGAGGCUAAAUUAUCUAUUUAAACUUUUAAUGAGUGCAUACACUGAGGCAGAUAUUACUUGUUAUUGCAACGCACAAUCUGUUCAGUGCUUGCUGAACAUUAGUAUAUGUGCUAUACUUUACUAAUGUAAUAUGAAUUUCUUUUUAUGUUUUUUUUUCGAAUUGUUCAAUUAUGUACAUUUUUCAAAAAUUUUCCUUUAAACCCAUCUGAAUAAAUUUCAAAUAUUUUUUACUCCAUUUUGAUAGUGAUGUGAUUUGAUGAACACCAAGAAUUAUGAGAUUAUAACAAUGGGUGAACUUGAUAGGUCAUGUAUUUUCCAUCCCAUGAACAGAGCAAAGUGCCUUGGUGAAAAGAUUCAAAUUUGGAGUUAUUAAAACGAAAUAUUUAAUUCUCUCUUUAACUCAGGAUUUUGCAUCCUCAAUCAAAUAUUUGCUACUAAAUUUAAGGGCUAUGCCAUUAUGUUAGGAAAUCUUAGUUGCAGUAAAGACAUUUUUGUCCUGCUGUUGGUGCUAGAAGGGUAAAAAUACAGUUUUUUAAAAUUUUCUUUAGAAAGUAUUCAGUUUAUUUAACUUAAUAUAACAUGUAUGAGAAAUCAUUAAAUGGACUAAUUUAACUUAAAAAGGGAGUUUUUAUGGAAAAUUUAUGAGGAAUAGCAAUAUGCAGAAUGAAAACAUACAGUAUGUAUUCUCUGCCAGUGAAUAUUUUACCCAAUUGUAUGAUUUUUAGAGGAGUAUUUGUAUAGUGUGGCUUACUGAAUGCUAUCUGAGUAAGUUACAAGAGUGUUAAUAUGCUUUGAGGAAUCUGCAAAUUUUUAUGAAUGCUGACUGUUUGUAAUGGCUUGAUGUACCAUUAAGAACUAUCUUAUUUGAGUUUGAGAUUUUAAUGAAUGUAAAUUGCUAAAAUUUGUGUAAUAUCUGAGCUUAUAAAAGUAUUGGAAAGCUUACUGAAAUUAAAUUCUUUUCAAUACUUCACUGUAUGCUGUGUGUGUUGUUAGGGUGUUAAACAUAAUUCUUAUCAUAUUCUAAUUGUUAAUAAUUUUUGUUACUCGUUAAUCAUUGUAUCAACUUUUUAUAGACUGCGAUAAAAAGUGCCGAUGUAAUUUGUUCUUUAAUUUAUGCUCUAUUUGUGUUGACCAAAGUUCCAAACCAGUUUUUUAGUGUAUAUAUAUUUUUGAUAGCGUAUAAAAAUAAAAUGUUACGUAGAAAAA